UUUCUUUUCUCCUGCGAAGAAGCUCAACAGUACCAAUUCCGUCAGGAUCCUGUUCUUCUCCUCGGAUUUUAUUGGUUGUUAAGGUUAUUGGCUUGCUAAGAAUGCACCCUCCUUUAACAUUACACCGCCAUCCAAUGUGCGCCGAUAUCAUUGAACAGUUCCAAAAAUGCCAUGCUGAUCAUCCAAUUUCAAAGUUCUUCGGCGAAUGUACUGAACUGAAAGUAAAGCUCGACCGGUGUUUCAGGCAGGAAAAAGCUUUGAAGCGAAAAGCUAAUUUUGAAGAGAGUAAAAAAUUCAAGGAAAGACUACAAGCAUACCGAAAAGAAAUAAAUGAGAAAAGUACUGAAGAUCAAAACCAGAAAAACGUAUGAUCAAAUAUUGAAGUUGUAACUCAUGAUGCAUGUUUGCAAAUACAUUGGAGAGAAAAUCCAAAGAUAAUUGCUUACAAUUAAAUGAGUUUAUGUGAUGUUUAUGCUACCAAUUCUUGAACUUGUGGAGCUUGAAUGCUCUCCAAAUUUGUUUUUCUUAUCACUCAUGACAAUGUAUGUUCUUGUUGCUUUGGAACAAUGUUUUCAGUAAUUUAUGGGAAAAAAAAUUAGUAUGUUGUUAUU